AUGGAAGGAAAAUAUCAUGCAUAUAAUAAUGUGUUCGAGGAGUGGUUAAAAGAAAAUAUAAUUGAAAAGGUACCACUUAAAGGACUAUAUAAAUCUGGUUGCUACUUGCCACAUAGAGGGAGUUUCAAGGAAAAUUCAACAACUAAGGUUAGACCAGUUUUCGACGCAUCAAAUAGAAAGAAAGGAUUUUCUUCUCUUAAUGAUUUUCUUGAAAAAGAACCUAACAACUUAGAAUUGAUACCGUCAUUGUUAGUAAGAUUUAGACAAAAAAGUAUAGGUGUUAUAUCUAAUAUAAAAAGGGCUUUCUUACAGAUAAGCAUUGCCGAAGGAGAUCGGGAGUAUCUUCGAUUUCUGUGGUGGAAGGAUAGCGAGAGUAAAGAAAUUCAAGUUUUUAGGCACCGUAGAGUAGUUUUCGGAGUUACCUGCAGUCCGUUUAUUCUUGGAGCAGUCAUUCGACAUCAUCUGGAAAGCACAUGCAUAGAAAGAAAAGAAAUUGCAGAAAAGUUAUUGAGAUCAUUUUAUGUUGAUAACUGCGUCACUUCAUUGGACGCAGAAAGUGAAACUCAACAUUUUAUAGAAAUUGCUUCACAGUUAAUGCAAAAUGCUAAAUUUGAACUGAGAGGUUGA